GUUUAUUAAACACGUGAAAUGAUAGAUCUUCCCAAGGAAGAAAGGGUGUUUGUUUGUCUUAACUCCGAUAGCGUGGAGGAGAAUGAAUAACUCUAAUCAACCAUCAUUGCAAAAAUGUCAACGAACAAGGAAGAAUGGCCUCCGCUAUCUAUCCCAUUCACAGAUCUGAUAGCAGGAAGUGUGGCAGGGGCAAGUCAAGUGAUCGUAGGACAACCUCUGGACACAAUCAAAACUCGUGCUCAAACCUCUCCUCCCGGUAUGUUCAGAGGUCCGAUGGAUAUCCUUAUGCAGACCGUACGUAAAGAAGGCUUCUUUGCAUUAUACAAAGGAAUGGCAUCUCCUUUGAUCGGUAUAGCAGCACAAAAUUCGCUCUUGUUCACAGCAUUUCAAGUUUCAAAGCGUUUCGUUUCCGAUACUCCUACACUUUCUAUCCAGCAAACUGUAGGUGCAGGUGCGAUUGCGGGAGCAGUAAACAGUCUCAUGGCUUCGCCGAUCGAAUUACUCAAAAUUCGAAUGCAAUCACAAUAUGGCGGCCAAGGCGAUCGUAAGCUAAGGCAAGUAGCAGCAGAUCUGUGGCAACAACACGGCUUUCGUCAUGGGGUCAUGAGAGGAUUCUGGGUCACAGUUGCUCGUGAAACGCCUGCUUAUGCUGGAUUUUAUGGAGGUUUCACCUACACAAAAGAGCAAUUCAGAACAAAAUUCUAUCCAAAUCUCAAACCUGAACAAAACUUGCCGAUUUGGUGUUUGAUGGCAAGUGGUUCGGUGGGUGGAAUAUGCAAUUGGUUGGCAUGUUAUCCUUUGGAUGUUGUCAAAUCUCGCGUACAACUAACUUCGCACAAACUUGGACCUGGAUACAUUUUCACAGAAAUGGCAGCUAUUGUUCGUGAGCAAGGAUCAAAAGCACUCGUUCGUGGUCUAUCGCCAACUCUCUUACGUUCAAUCCCAGCCGCCGCUGCCACUUUCACAGCAUAUGAAUUGACAAAAGAGGCAUUAGAAGGUAAAGCUGCAAUCAAAGUAUAGAGCUCUUUUUACCGUAUUUGUACUUUUAUAUUGUAUACCACUAGAAAUACAUGGAUUGUUAGCAUCUCAAUUUGAUUGCG